AUGGAAGUUUCCGGAGUUGGUUCUGGAAUUCUAUUUGAAAAUUACUAUUCAAAUUUAUUCAAGAGUAGGUGGGAAAACCUAUACAAAUCACUAAAGAAUCCUGUAAAAAAUAUCGCACUAAUUCCUCCAUUUUACUCUGAUAUUCCUCUCCAGAACGAGUUUAAUCAUUCCAACCUCAAUUCAACAGACUAUAAUAAUUUGGAUUCUAUGAAUGAUAAUUUAACUGAUUGUGCUGAAGAUCUUACUGAAAUACCAGAUGACGCUUAUGUUUAUAAACCAACAAUAUUACCUUGGUGUUAUGAAGUUACAUUAAAGGCCCUAGUUGACCCAAAGGAGCAUGAUAAAUUAGUAUUUAAUAAGAAUAUUUUCGACGCGAACGGAUACGUUUCAAGGUUAAUUGACCACAUUUAUUACCUAGAUGGUGCAUCAGCGUUUGCAGCUUUUUGUCUAGAGGCAAAGCCUGGAGAUAAAGUGUUAGAUAUGUGUUCUUCACCUGGUGGGAAAAUGAUAAUCUUAGCCUCUAACUUGUUUCAUAAUACUAUUAAUGGGAUUUCUGGAUUAACUAAUGGAAUUAAAGGCUCAAACAUGACAACGACGGAAUUAAUAGAUGAAAUAAAGAAUCGAAUGAAUGAGAGUAAAAUGAACUCAAAUAGUUCUGAAACCUUAUUAGUAUGUAACGAGCCAGUAAAAUCAAGGUAUAAAAGGUUAAUAGAAACGUCAAAACGACUAAUUCCUGAUAAGUUUAUCUCAGGAAAGCAUAUUCAAUUUGUAAAUUAUGACGCUACAGACCCUAACAAAUUUCAAAGAUUUGGUAAAUUUGAUAAGAUUUUAAUUGACGCGCCUUGUUCUUCAGAACGCCAUUUAAUAAAUAAAAACUUAUCUUGGAGUUUUAAGAAUAUUAAAGAAAACUCUAAAAGACAAUUAAAAUUGCUUCAAACUGCAAUUUCACUACUAAAAUCAGGUGGUACAAUUUUAUAUUGUACUUGCGCUUUAGAUCCCAUCGAAAAUGAAUUGGUAAUAAAUACAAUAUUAAAAAAUUAUGAUGACAUAAAGCAUGUUCAAAUUAAUUAUAAUGAUUUGAUUAACAAUAUUAAUAUUAAUAAUUUGAAAAUUAUGGAAAGUACGGAUUAUAACAAGUUUAAGCCAGAGAAAAGAACUCACGGAUGUUCAAUAAUGCCAGAUAAAUCAGAAUUUGGACCUUUAUACAUUGCAAAAUUACAAAAACUAUAA